AUGGACUUUCCAGAGUCUGCUGUGGAGGAACAAGUGGAUCUGUCCAGAGAAGACCUGAGGUUUAUGGACAUGGCCACAAAGUCAGUUAAGCACAUUGAUGGUCACUACCAGGUUGUCCUGCCUUUGAGAAAUUUAAGCGUCAGUAUGCCAAAAAACAAGAAAGUGGUGGAACAGCGCCUAUGCCACCUGAAGAGGAGGCUCCAGAGGGAUUUGUGCAGAAGAGAAGUUGGUUGGGAUGUCCCCAUACCAGAGGCUGUCUCCAAAGAAUGGCUAAAGGGGAUGCAAGGGCUCCACCUACUGGACAAUUUCGAGCUACACAGAUGUUUAAAAGCUCUGGAGUUUGGAGAUGUUAUUACUGCUCAAUUACACCACUUCUGCGAUGUUUGUGAGGAUGGCUAUGGUACAGUCACUUACCUGAUCGUACAGAAUGAGAACCACCAAAUGCACAGUGCUUUCAUCAUGGGAAAGGCUUGUGUCGCCCCACUGAAGACCGUUACAAUCCCAAGAAUGGAACUGAUUGCUGCAACAAUGGCCAGUCACAUGGAUGUCUUGUGGAAGAAAGAGCACCACAUGAGUCUUCAGGAAUCAGUGUUUUGGACUGAUAGUGCUUCUGUGCUGAAAUACAUCCGAAAUGAAACCACCAGAUUCAAGGUGUUUGUUGCCAAUUGUGUUUCAGAGACACUGAAAUCAUCUCACCCUUCUCAGUGGAGAUACGUGGAUACAGCUUCUAAUCCAGCCGACGCAGCAUCCAGAGGGGUCAAAGUGGAGGUAUUUCUGAAAGACAGGCUCUGGUUAACAGGACCUCGGUUUCUUUGCCAACCGGAAAUAGAAUGGCCUCUGAAUCCUGAACCUGUGAGCCCUCUCUCCCAGGAUGAUCCAGAGGUGAAGAAAAGUGCUGUUAUAAAUGCUGUGCAAAUUGGAGAGGAUUCCACUACUCACCUGAUCCAUUAUUCUUCUUCUUGGAUUCAACUGAAGAAGGCUGUGGCAUGGUGGCUGAAAUAUAAGGAAUGGCUGUUGUCCUGUAGCAGGAAAAGGAAACAGUUAACAGCCAGUCAGAGUGAAGUGAGCAUGGAGCAGCAGAGAAGAUGGAGACAAGUUCAGUACAUUUCUGAUCUUUUCUGGAGGCAGCAUAAGGACGUUGCUGACCUCUACAGUGACUCUGUUUUCUGA